AAGCCCCAUAAACAUAGGAAAAUCCUAAUGGCAUCAUCCAUGGCGCCCGCUCUAUCUUCGUCCCUCUGCUCAACCCCUCGAAAAUCAUCAAUCAUCCCUUUCUUACCCUCAUUUCAGACGUCCAUUUCCCUCCAAUUUAACUUCAAAGUCCGCAAACCCAUAUCCAAAUUCAAGCAGAAGAACACCAUCACCCUAACGGCAAUCACCUGUUUGAAAUCAGGAAGUAAAUAUGCAGCAGAAGAAACGAAUUCAAGUUUCGCUGUCACUGCGCCAUCUUUAGCCGAAUCAAAUGGUCAACGAAACUGGAUUGUAGUAGUUAAGGCUCCUCCUUCGCAACAAGCUGUUUCUAAACCAGAUGUUAUUGAUUAUUAUGUCAAAAUUUUGGAGAGGGUUUUGGGCAGUGAGAAGGAGGCUCAAGGCUGCAUAUACAAUGCUUCUUGCGACACCCAUUUUAGUUUCUGCUGCGAUAUGGACGAAGAAACUUCCCAAAAACUCGCAUGUUUGCCAGAGGUAUUAUCAAUCAAACCCGAUCCAGAUUUCAACUCUGUACAAAAGGGCUAUAGCAAUGAAAAGAAGAUGCCAGCAUCAGGAGUCUUAACUAGGGCACACUUAGUUGAUUAUUAUACUCAGAUACUAACCAAAGUUUUGGGAAAUGAGAAGGAUGCACAAAUGUGUAUAUAUCAUAUUUCCCUACACUCUGACUAUGGAUUCUGUUGUGAACUCAAUGAUGAGUACGCAAAGGAAUUAUCCAGUGUUCCUGGCGUUAUAUCUGUUAAACCAGAUGGGUCUUUCGAUUCAGAUGAUAAAGAUUAUAGAGAUUAUAAUAUUCAAGAUUCCUCGUUAACAAAUCAGCCAACAAAUAUCAAAACAAAGAAGCUUUUUGUAACUGGUCUGUCGUUCUAUACAUCCGAGAAAACUUUACGUGCGGCAUUUGAAGGUUUUGGAGAGCUUGUUGAGGUUAAAAUAAUAAUGGACAAGAUCUCAAAAAGGUCAAAAGGUUUUGCAUUUAUUGAGUACACUACUGAGGAAGCUGCAAGUGCAGCUCUUAAAGAAAUGAAUGGCAAGAUUAUAAAUGGUUGGAUGAUAGUUGUUGAUGUUGCCAAAACAAACCCACCAAAGUACAGCAGAGGGCGUCUUAGACCACCGCAGUAAUGUGUAUUAUGGGGGUAGAAUCGUCAAUUUUUUGUUUGGUAUCAUUUAUUUUUACUAGCAGAGUUGUAUAAUAAUAGCAGAAUGUUAGUGGACGUGUGACGUGUCUUGUUAGUGUUAGGAUGAUGUAGUGAUAGUUACACGAAGAGAUAAUGUUUACAUGGUUUUACAAUUUUGUGAUUGGAAU